AAAGGACUAAUUUGCCUAUAGCUUGAAUAGAUAGCUUAUCCCUUAUCUUCUGUUUCUACAAUCUUUUGGGCUUACAAAACAAUGGCGGCCUUGGAAGCUUCGCUCUCUAUCUGUUCAUUUUACUCCUCUUCUUCGUCUUCAUCAUCAAGCACCAAACUCACCUCUUUGCCUAAAACAUUAGCCUACCCUUUAAAUCUCAACUCUCCUAAACCUACCAUUGUUCUUCCCCACAAGUCAUUCUUUUCUCCUCUCUCAAGAAAACCCUGGUUCGAACUAUGCUGCGCGGUUCAGGAAAUUUCCGUAGAAGAAAACCCAGAAGAAACCCAGGUCGAAAACCAGAAGAGGAAGCUAUACGUGGUCAAUCUUCCCUGGUCGCUCACUGUAGUAGAUAUAAAAGAACUCUUUGGGUCCUGUGGGACUGUCUCGGACGUUGAGAUCAUAAAGCAAGAAAAUGGAAAGAGUAGAGGCUUUGCUUUUGUGACAAUGUCUUCUGGGGAGGAAGCUCAGGCUGCUAUUGAAAAAUUUAACCUUCAGGAAAUAUCAGGCAGAGUAAUCAGGAUUGAAUUUGCAAAGCGAUUCAAAAAACCAUCACCUCCACGUCCUCCUGGCCCUCGACCUGGAGAGACACACCAUAAGCUUUAUGUGUCUAAUCUUGAAUGGAAAGCAAGAUCAACCCAUCUUAGAGAUUUAUUUUCUGAAAAUUUUAAUCCAGUUUCAGCCAGGGUUGUCUUUGAUGCCCCUAAAGGAAGAUCUUCUGGGUAUGGGUUUGUCUCUUUUGCCACGAGAGAGGAAGCAGAGGCUGCAUUAUCAUCUUUGGAUGGAAAGGAAUUGUUGGGCCGACCACUUCGCUUAAAGUUUAGUGUAAGAAAUGUGGAUAAAUCUAAAAGACAAAAGGGAGAGGGGAUGACCGUAGAGGGUCAGACUGAAAGCCAAAAGGAAGAGGAAGUCACCUUAGAGGGUCAGUCCGAAAGCCAAACGAAAGGGGUUGUCACCUUGGAGGGUCAGACUGAAGAGUCCUAGAUUCAAAGGUCCACUAUGCUGAUAUAUUGCUCAGAAAGUUGUGAAGAUCAGAAAUUUUUACCCAGUGCCCAUGUGUGCGAUAGAAAAUUUUCACAGUUCUAAAUUUUGUAUUAAUAUUUACUUUCCUUCUCUUAGUAUAGGGACUAAUUUACACUACAUUUUCACUAAAAUGUUUACCAUUGCUGAAGUACAUGUUUCUUGCUCCAGUUCAAUGAAAGGGUAUAAUGUAUUAAUACCUUA